AUGAUCAGUACAGAUGUUGUGGGCCUGUGUUGUACAUGUGUAUAUGGACACUGGAAGAAAAGCAAGCCAGCACCAUCGUGUAGGAUCCACUCGUGGUCUCAGCUUAAUCACUGCUCACAGCCAGGUGAAGAUUCUGCAGGUGUGAUCCAGGUACUGGUCAUAACUAUUCAGCCUGGUCAUAACUAUUCAGCCUUUGACCGGUCUUGGCCAUUGUUAGUGUUUGACUGUGUUCUGUUGCUGCCCAGAGACACAGCAGAAUGGUUCGGUGUGGGAACAGAUGACGGCCUGUCCCUGCACUGGCAGCGACAGACAUGGACACAUUGCAGCCAGAUGUUUGGGAAGCUGAAAGCUCCGUACCAGAGGAGCGUGCAACUGGACAGCCCGCAGUCAGCAUGUGCCCCAACGCUGGACUCCCAGAAAAUGCUGAUGACCGGCGACCCAUUGUGCCAAGGCCAGAGUUCACGAUGCUGUAACGUGGACCAGCAGGCCACUCUGCCCCUCAGCCCUGACUCGGGCUAUCACAGAUCCCCUAGGAUGCGAGAGUCAGUUGCACAAAUGAGUCUUCGAAUGGCUGCAGCUGUACUGGCGGUGUUGAGGAGUAAAGGGACGUAUGAGAGUGUGGAAAACGUACAACAGGAGAAUUUCUGGAUUGGACCUAGCUCGGCAGCUCUUGUUCACCUUGGAGCAAAGUUUUCCCCUUGUAUACGGAGGGACCCGUCAAUCUCCAAACUGGCUGAGGGGAUGAGAGAUGGAGAGAGGGAGUCGGGCUGCUGCGUCCAGAAUGACAACUCAGGCUGUGUACAGAUGUUGAAACAGGAUUGUUCGGAAAUACUCGCUACAUUUAUAAAGUGGCCAAACAACCAGGCUCCAAACAUGGGAUCCAUCAAUCAGACACGAUCAUCAGGUGCCGUCUGCCAUCAGGAUCCAAGGACUUGUGAAGAACCUGCCUCUGCUGCACCACACAUCUGGGAUGAUGACAUCACUCGAUGGCCUAUCUGCACCUAUCAGUCACAGAGUAACCUCACAGGACUGAAACACAUGGACUGUACCAUCAAAGGCAGGCCCUGCUGUGUUGGCACAAAGGGAAGGUGUGAGAUCACUACCAGGGAGUACUGCCAGUUUAUGGAUGGAUAUUUCCAUGCAGAGGCUACCUUGUGUUCACAGGUUCACUGUCUGGAUGAUGUCUGUGGAUUAUUGCCAUUCCACAACCCCGAUGUUCCAGAUCAGAUCUACAGGCUUUGGCUCUCUCUUUUCCUUCAUGCUGGGAUUAUCCAUUGUCUGCUCUCUGUGCUUUUCCAUGUGACCAUUCUCCGGGACCUGGAGAUGUUAGCUGGCUGGCUGCGCAUUGCAAUAAUCUACCUCCUGAGUGGAAUUCUUGGCAACUUGGGCAGUGCGAUCUUCCUGCCGUACAGAGCAGAGGCUGGACCUGCUGGCUCCCAGUUUGGUGUGUUGGCCUGUCUCUUUGUAGAAUUGCUUCAGAGUUGGCCGAUUCUGGAGAAACCAUGGAAAGCGUUGAUGAAGCUGCUCAGUCUCCUUCUGGUUCUCUUCGCAGUUGGCCUGUUGCCUUGGAUUGACAACAUUGCUCAUAUGUUUGGAUUCCUCAGUGGUUUUCUGCUCUCAUUUGCCUUCCUACCAUACAUUACCUUUGGCCAGGGUGACAAAUACAGGAAACGACUAUUAAUCAUUGUCUCCCUCCUGGUGUUCACUGGCCUCUCUGCAUCUCUAGUCAUCUGGUUUUAUAACUAUCCCAUUAACUGCCAUUGGUGUGAAUAUCUCACCUGUAUCCCAUUCACCAGCACGUUUUGUGAGGGGUAUGAGCUGGAUCAAGUUGUGCACUGAGUUAGGACUGCUGUUGCCUGGAGACCAUGAGCCAGAAUUAUUCAGCAGAUCAACCCUGGAACUUGGUGCCAAACUGGCCACUGGCCAGCACAAACGCAGCAUAGUUGUACCUGCUGAAUGCAUGUGAAUAUGGUUCCACUCUGCAGCUCCACCGAGAUCCAGCCAAUGUUCACAGAAGAUCCAUACAACUUUUUGCACUCAUUCACCCUUAGAAAACUGGGGAAAGAAAUGAAAGUAAUUUUACAAGGAACCGGUGUUCCCACUGCAGGAGAUGCUCGCUGGGGAAGACCCCUGCCUCAUCUGCAUAUUCACGCUUCAGAUAGACUCAUAUUACAGGUUGACGUUUAUUACUGUGACAGUUUCAAGCAUUGUUGUGGAUGCUAUCCGAAUAUAAUCAGAUACAUCAGCCAUAGAUACAAUCGUCAAACUCAAAUACAAUAGAUGGAGCAAUGGAGAAGAUACAGGGUGCAGAAUAUAGUUCUCAGCAUUGGAGCGCAAUGGUCAGUUCCAUUGACCCUCAAUGGGGUGGAGGUAAGUGGGACAGAGCACAUCCGCUGAGUGAGGAUGGGAGAAGGUUCAGCAUGGGGAUUGCACACUGAGCAGUCACGAGAUGGCCUUCAGAGCAAGAAUGUGUGUAUUGAGCUAACUAGAGGGUGGUUGGAGUUGGAUUGAAUGAGAAUUCAAAGAAUGGACUGGGAUUUAGGGGUGACAUAUGAAUGUGUGCAGAGGAAGCUAGCUAGUACGGGCUAGUACAGGCUUGCCCUGAAGAACACUGUGGGUACACAUGUGUUUGGACAUGUUUUGCACUGUAGUGCAUGUGUGUGUUGGGAGGAGGGGCAAUAUAUAAAUGUGUUUAUGUGGGUAUUUACAUGCCUGACUAUAAAGAGCACCGAGCCACCAGGCCAAACCUGAGAUCACUAGCGACACCGUGUGGUCAAGACUGGUCUGUCAUGGGCCUGUCCCACUUAGACAACUGCCGGCGACUGUUAUAUUCUUGUCAGAUCGCUGAAAAACCGGCGACUGUACCCCAUCCUAUGACUUUGUGGAAUUCUCUGCCACAGAGGGCAGUGGAGGUCAAGUCACUGGAUGGAUUUAAGAGAGAGUUAGAUAGAGCUCUACGGGCUAGUGGAGUCGAGGGAUAUGGGGAGAAGGCAGGCACGGGUUAUUGAUUGGGGACGAUCAGUCAUGAUCACAAUGAAUGGCGGUGCUGGCUCAAAGGGCCGAAUGGCCUCCUCCUGCACCUAUUUUCUAUGUUUCUAUGUUUUUAUGACUAUGUCUAAGACAAGCUACGACAACCUAUGACCUAGUCGAAGUCACGCUACGGCAAGCUCCUGACAACCAGCGACCUAAUAGUGGUGACUUAA